AAACACCAGAUUAUACUCUAUGUGCCCAGCAGUCAGUGUCGGUGGCAUCAGGUCUCUGUGUGGAAAUUCCCUGUACAUUUACUGUUCCUGCCAAUAGACCUUUAUCUACACGUGUCACAGGGAUUUGGAAGAAAAAAGAGACCCCAGACAUUGUUGCAGCCUCUACAGAGGCCUCUAUGGUUUCUGAGGGAACAAAAGGCCGAUUCACCCUGACUGGGAAAGUACAGGAAGGAGACUGCUCAUUCUCUAUCAGCAAUGCCCAACCAGCCGAUCAAGGGAUCUAUGAAUUCCGAAUUGAAGACGGAAAACAUAAAUAUUCCUAUCAGUGGAACAAGCUCAGUGUGAGUGUGACAGAUCUACCAGAACCUACUAUAUCCCCUGUGGGGGAGCUGAUCGCUGGGAAGCCAAUAACACUGACUUGUACGGCUCAUCCAGCACCUCAAGGGUGCAAGGGAAUCAUCACAUGGGGAGGAAGGAUAAACAUAGAGAACAUAUAUAACUAUGAGCGGGAGGAUCAGGCUGGUAAAGUCACCUCCAUAUCAGAUAUCACUGUUACUCCAUCCCAGAGAGAGCACAAUAGCCCCCUAACAUGUACAGUGACUUACAGUGGGGUCUCCACUAACAGCAGCAUCACCCUGGAUGUUCAGUGUAAGUUUCCUCUCUUCCUCUUCCUCACUCACAUCCCAUAUCUACUCACCCACAUUGGUUUCAUUUCCCCCUGCAUUUUUUCAGAGACACAGGAAUUUGUGCCUGUUGACACAGGGAAACAAUGGCGCUACCGCCACCUCCUAACCAUGCAGUAG